CACUCCCAUUCAGAAGCGUCGAGAGAGAGAACGAGAGAAAGAGAGAGAGCGACAGUAUUUACACUGCCUGGCAUUGGGAGUCACUGUCACGGCCACGUCCCGAAGAAGCGGUAGAACAAAGUGCACGGACUCAACUAAAACUCAACUUUGAAAGUUGCGCCCUUGUUUUUUCCCCUGGACUCGUUUUCUUCCGAGUCGAGAAAACUCUCUUCGGCCGCGAGGGCACAAGGAAACAAGGUGUUUUUUUUACGACAUCGGCAGAGUGACCCCCCCCCCCCACCCCCACCUUCCUUCCCACACUUUGACUCCACCUCCUCCGUGAUGUCCUCUCAGGCCACGCCCAUCCAGGGGUCAAGACCAAUGACCCCUCCGCUGACCUCCGCAGGAUCCCCACGCUCUCCACUGUCCCCAAAGUCCCUGCAGCCUCCGGCCUGCAGACACAGAGACCGCUCGCCCUCCCCCAUGAGGAGCUACCUCGUCCCCAGCCCUCUGCCCACACGCAGAAACAGGACCUGCUCAGCGACGGCUCGUGCAGCGGAGGGUCCGGUGUUUACUGGUGUGUGUAAAUAUUUUUGCCGCUCCAAAGGCCAUGGCUUCAUCACACCGUCGGACGGGGGCAGGGACAUCUUUGUCCACAUCUCGGACAUCGAGGGCGAGUACGUGCCGGUGGAAGGCGACGAGAUGAGCUACAAGGUUUGCUCCAUCCCUCCCAAAUACGAGAAGGUGCAGGCAGUGGAGGUGACCAUAACCCACCUCAACCCGGGGACCAAGCACGAGACCUGGGCCGGACACAUUGUCAGCAGCUGAAUGCUGAUGCUCGCAGGGGGAGAGAGGGGGGAGGCCAGCGUCCUGCGGCCACGAAUCAAGGUUUAGUUUAGAGUUGAUGUUGACGUGUGGGAGGCUUCUCCUCUGCAGUUCCUGGGAAAUGGGUAACUAUAUCUUGGGAGAACAUGCCGUUGGUUUGACUGGUAUACAAAAUGAUUUACGACUACAGUGGCAGAAAUGCUUAUCAUAGAAAGAUGUUAAAACAACACGGUAGGGUUUCAUGCUUAGAUUUCUUUUCUUUCUUUUUUUUUUACAUUGUUUUACUCAUUUUGAUGAGGAAAUUAUCGUCAGGCGCAAAUGAUUCAUUUCCUGGAAAACACCCAGACGCAUUCACUUCAGCUUUGAAGCGUUUGAUAAUAACGUACUGUGGUGACAAAAGACAACAGUGGAGUCCCUGUACACUCACUCAGUGUUACGUGCUCCAGCACCAUCGGCUCAUUGUCCAUGUGAACCGUGUGCCUGCUUCUUAUCCAGAGCGCUCCCAGCUCUGCUUGUGCCUACUCCAGCCAAUCUGUCAUCUGUUUUUGAUCAUGUGUGGGUGGCUGUUUGAAUUAAAAGCAUUUUUCAACUGGU